AUGACCGUCCUGCAAGAAUUCACUUUCGAGGCCGAGUCGAUCCUGGAGGGCGCGAUCCGGAACGCCGAAGACCGAGCUCGGCGCUACACGCUCGAGACGAGCAAGUCCGAGCACGCGCGCGCAGACGACGACAGUCGAAAAUCGCGUGCGCCCCUGUGUGUUGUGCUCUCUCCCCGCUGGAGGUCCGUUGAACGAGUCCCUGUGCAGCGUGAGAUACUGGAGGUGGCUCGGGGCGAGGAGUACCAGCUCAAGUACUCCAACUCGGCGGAUGCGUGGACGGUGCGUCGGGUGUCGGACGCGAACGGAACCGUUCUCGCCGAACUCAAAUCGUCCAUCUCACCUAUCUUCGGCCAGACGUCGCUGCCCCUACUACGUAUCAGCCCGACCGUGCGUAGCGAGGAGGAGCGCCUAUUCUUUCUGCUCGUAUUGGUGUACUCUGAGACCAAGAGGCUGGAUAGACAGGGUUGAUGAAAGUGCUCAGAUCUUGGUGUAUUUCGUCCAUGGAGAAGAUAAGCAGCGUCUCCUCAGGGUGCUACAUUGCGAAUAUACGAACGAACAGCUCGUGACGACCGUAACAAACUACUUGUCAUAUACUCGUGAUGCCUUGAUAGAAAUGCAACGGCCAACGGUCGUCGUGUUACUUCUGCGCUUGGACAGUAUUCGUCUCAUUGCCCGCAUGAUGUCAGGAAUGCCAAUCGUCAGUUUCUCGGUAACCUUCAACGGCGACAUUCAGACAAUGGUCUGUAGUCAAU